AUGGCCGACGGAUUAGGAUUGCUCCUUUUCGGACUCGGAAACUGUUGUGCCCAGAUUGCCACACAGCUCUCUUAUACCAUUUGCAACAACCGCACGUACGGUGCCGACUCCACAUGCGCAGACAACUGUUGUAGAUUCAACUGUUGCUGGAAACAAGGUGCUCUACCGGUCGAAGAUUAUCCUAUCGCAAACAGUGACGCUGAGCAUAGGACGCGGAAGAUGGAUGAAGGAAAGAAGGGGGUAAACGAGGCGGAAAGGCUGCCGAAAUAUGAGGCUACGUCACAGAUGUCUGCUGCGCCAGCGGUAGCGGCGACGGCAACGGCAACGGCAGCGGUGACAGAGGAGAACAAAACAACAACAGGCGCUUAG